GCGGCUGCCUGCGUGCUUUAUGCAGCAGGCAGGGUUAGAUAAUGGCAGCCCACCACCGCACACGGCCAGGGUUACGCACGCGACCGACUAUAAAAGUGGCGCGGUCCUUCCAGACAGCAUCAUUCACAGCAGAACGAUACACAAGUCAACAUGGCAUUCAAAUUCGUCGCCCUCGCCGCCCUGAUCGCCGUCGCCCGCGCUGGCGUGCUCGCCCCCGUGGCCACCUAUGCCGCCGCCCCCGUGCUCGCCAAGGCCGCCGUUGCCGUCAACGCCGACUACGACCCUCAUCCCCAGUACUCUUACGCCUACGACGUUCAGGAUGCCCUGACCGGCGACAGCAAGAGCCAGCACGAGACCCGCGACGGAGAUGUCGUCCAGGGAUCUUACUCCCUUGUUGAGCCCGACGGCACCCGUCGUACCGUCGACUACACCGCCGACCCCAUCAACGGAUUCAACGCCGUCGUCCGCAAGGAGGCCCUCAACGCUCACGUCGUCACCAAGGUCGCCACCCCCGUCGCUCACGCCUACGCUCCCGUCGCCCACGCCUACGCCGCCCCCAUCGCCCACGCUCCCCUGGCCUAUGCCGCUCCCCUGGCCCGUGCCGCUUAUGCUGCUCCCCUCGCCGUCGGCCACGGACACUACAACGCCCCCGCUGUUGCCCACCCCUACUAAUUUAUUAAACCAUGAAUAAAUAAUUUAUUGAACACAAAA